GUACUUAUUUUAUGAAUGCAAAACACAUAGGUACCAGUCUACCGUGGUGAGUUUGGAUGGCGGCGUGGUGAAUUUCUUUCAAAGUUUUCAAGAGGAUUUGCGGACUCAGUGGUUUAUAAUCCUGGCCAGAAAGGAUGGACGGACCGAGGAACAAAAUCCGCAUCUCCAAUCUCUCUGCCGCUGCAAGCCACUCCAAGAUAUCUCACAUUUUCAAGAAAUUCGGCCAGAUUACAAAAGUUUACAUCCAGCGUCAGGGUGCGACAUGGAACUGUGGCGGCCUAGCCUACGUUGCCUACACGGAUGCCGAAAGCGCUGCCAAGGCAGUGGACGAGAUGAACGGAGAGAUGUUUGAUGAGACCAUCAUGUCUGUGGAGCUUGUCUCAGAACGUGAGUUUCUUCAUCACGUGAAGACGAUGCCUGCCUCAUCCAUGGUUGACGGUGCGACUAAGCCAUCGAGAAAACAAAAGAAAGCACCAGCCCCGACCCAACUGACGCCCAAAGACAUAGCACUGGCGCCAAACGCGGAAUGGGAGCCCUACAUCCCUCCAUCUCAGUACGGGCCCGUCCAGUACCCAGCAGUAAAGAAGGAGGCCCUCUCUGAUAGCCCUCAACCUCUCCCGCCUGGGACAACCCCAAAAAACAACUCUCCUUUUGCCAAGAAAAAUAACUCGAGACACGAGAAACCGCAGAGUCGGAAAACACAAGCAGCCUCUGCAGUCGGUGUCGCUCGUCAAGAAUCGAAAUACAAUCCGGAAGAUCGUGGUGGCAGACCGUCACUCAGGGGUACUUACAAAAGUGCCCCAAAACACCCUGUCCCCAACAUGUCCCAUAAAGGGGACCAUUAUGAUCCACCUUCCACUUGCGGCGACCCCCCACGCAAGACGGCUGCCAAUGACUCACUGAUGCAGAAUACACUCAGAGGUGACCGGCGGUCAUUCGGAGAUGACCCUUACAGGGACCCAGUUUACCAAGACCCUCCACGCAAGAUGGCUACCAGUGACCCGCUGACCCAAAGGUCACUCAGAGGUGACCGGCGGUCAUUUGGAGAUGACCCUCACAGGGAUCCAGUCUACCAAGACCUACCGAGGUCAUCCAGGGCUGACCAUCACACUGACCAUUCCAGAAAUCACAGAAGCCACCCCCGCAGUGACCCAGAGCCUCCACUUCGUUCCCUCCUACCAAGGCGAGAUUAUGAAGAUGACCCUCACCUGGAGAGCGACCGAAGACGACAUGACCGGUAUGACGCUCCGAGGAGCAGAGAUUACGAGUAUGAAAGGUUCCCGGCAACCAGCCACAGAGAGCGUUCACCGUCCAGACAUCACUGGGACCUGGACCCCCUUCCGAGCACCUCCAAGCGCCGGGUCUACCCUGACGACUACAUUGAAGUCCCACGUGCCCGUCUGUACGACGAUGACCCCUUAAGACGAGAUCCCUACCCUAGGGAUCCCUACCCCCGUGACGACAGGAGGGAUCUAGACCCAAGGGAGGAGAGACUCUACCGGGAACCGGUCAGGGAUGGGUACCGAGAACCGGACAGGGUAGACGAUAGGUAUUCCCUGGAGCGAGACCGCGCUGAUGCUUGGGGACAUGAUGACAGGCGUCUCUCAGACGACAGGCUGUACCGUGAGCCUGAGAGAGCAUCGUCCCAAGAGUCCAGAACCCUCGGUAUCGACCGGCCGACUUACGACUACAGCCUUGAGACCACCCUGGGCGCCGACCGGCCAACGUACGACUACAGCCUCUGAAGCAAGUGGGAAUCAGUGCAAGCCGGCAGAGUGUCCCUGGGGGACCCUGGAGCCCCUGUUGAUGCUCAGACGACGCCAUGAACUUUUCAUACACAGUACCACCUGUAAGUCAGGGUUCCAACAGUCCUGGAAAAAUCCUGGAAAAAGCCUGGAGUUGGUCUUGGCAAGUCGUGGAAAAGUCAGUGAAUUUUGUUAUUUUACACGGAGUCAAGGAAAAAGUCAUGGAAUCUCACACAACCUAUACCGGAUAACAUUUUCAUUUUACAUAUCUAUGGGUGGUGAAGUGUGGUCUAGUGGCUAGGGUUCGUGACGCAUGAUCAGAGGGUCGGGGGUUCGAAUCCAGCUGCUGGCCAUUAUGUUGUGUCCUUGGGCAAGCCGCUUCGCCCCCACUUGCCCCACUUGGAUACUUUGAGUCUCUCAAAAUUGUGGUAUGGAUCCGGCCUUAGGCGGAGGCCAUCUUGUUGAUGGUAAUUAAGGCACACUGCCAAGACCUUUAUUUUCAGUGUGAUGACUGGCCGUUGUGUUGUAAAUAGGUUCCUAAGCAGUAGUGCAACUAGGGUUAAACUUCGGCAGGCGUGUAGGUGUGCACACAUUUUCAAGGGGGAGGGGGCGCUGAAGGCAAAUGAUGCAUUUCUUUGGGAGGGGGGUGCAUGGGGGAGGGCACGUGCCCCCAUAGUUACGACGCUGUUCCUACAAUGUAAGAUGCAAAAGAAACAGCUUAGA